AUGUCAUCAGAUACCAUCCUUUCUACUUUUGAAACAACCAUACUUGAAUUUUGCGAAGUCGCAAAAUGGAUUAACUCUCAUAUACUGGACUUGAAACAAUUAACAGAAGACGAUCUCAAAUGUAUCACAAAUCGAAUUGACGCCCUUCAGCCAACUGCAGAAAAAUAUGAAACCUCAUUUAGGAAAGGUGGUGUAACUAUUAAUGAAGAGACUCUCUUACGAUUUGAAAAUUUAUCCAGUAUACUUUGGAAUACAGUGUCACUAUCAUUAAAAGCUAAUGUAUCAGAGACAGCAUUAGUUAAAUUCCUCUGUAAAUGUCAAUUGUUUGCGGCAAUUCUACUCUCUGUAUACAACUCUUUGAAUGAGAAAAAUGACGUUGCUCUUCGCUCAUUUAAUUGCUUUACAACAACAUUAAAAACUUUAAUGGGAGAGUUCAAACAGAAUCCGGAUACAAUUAUUGAUUCCCAGGACACUCUUUUUAAAGUAUCAAUGGCGCAUGUCGAGACAUACGUAAAUCUUCUGACGGAACAAAAAUAUUCAAUGAAUAAAAAGGAUACUUCUUUCUUCCAUAAACUUCUUAUUGAGGCUAAUAUUUGCAUUUUUCAAUGGUACAUUCAACAAAAUGACAGUGAUACUGCUAAAAUAUAUUUAAAAAAGGUUGAUUUGUCAAACCUAGUUGAUGAUAUUAAAGUUGAAAUGGUUCUAGAAGUAUCUAGAAUAUUAUACAAUUCUUCUUUGUUUUUGUACAACUCUAAAGGAACCAUAAACGUUGACGUCUUAGAUGAUGUGCUAAUUUAUCUUGCAAAAGCUUUUGAAUAUCUUACUUUACCCAUAGAAAAAAUAAAGUCACAUAUAGAUUUUUUAGCAAUUAGGUAUUCGAUUACCAUAUUGCUAAUUCAAUGUUCUAUUGAGAAACCAAAUAUAUCUCCUAAAGAAGAAGAACAAGUAGGUAAUCUAUUUGAGUUAUUGCAAAAACAAUAUCCAAAAAAACCGAUUCCAUUUCAAUUACAGGUUAAAUAUCUAAAAAAGACAAGACCAGAAAAUAUGACAGAAUUGAUUGCUUCUAUCAUCAUGCAAAUGAUACUUUCAAUAGAUAUUCCAAAUAGUUAUGAGAUUCUUAUCAGCACUAUUAAUGAAUUUAGCCAAAUUGACACAAAAAGAGCAUUAACUUCCUUAGACUAUUUAUUCCAAAAUAAAAUCGAUCCUAUAAAAGAUCAAAAACAUUUUGAACAAACCAUAUUGACCCGAUUUUAUAUAACACUUCAAUCCAAGGAUUUGAACGAAACUGAGAUUAUAACGCAAUUAUUUGAUUUUUAUAAAGUGAUGGAAAAAAGAAUUUCUCAACCAUUAUCAAGAAGUACUGUCUCUAGUAUUGUCACACUUUUGUGGAGUUCAGGGAAAAAGAUUGAAAAGAUGGAGUCAUAUGUGAUUUGUAGCAAGUUUUAUGAACUUGCUUUGGAAGAGAUUAUUAGUGGUUCCUAUUCCGAAAGAGGUAAACUUCAGAGGGCAUUAACCUCUGCAUACUUAUCUUCAAAUAAUCUUACUAAAGCAGAAGAAACUUUAAAUAACUUAAGUCCAACCGAUUUGAACCAUCCCUUAACAAUUUUGAUUAAGUUAAAAUUACUUCUUAAGUUAAAGGAUUUUUCCAAUAUUCCAAAAUGUUUCGAAUCUCUGUUCCGCUCCUCUCAUGAAAAGAGCUUCGACGCUUUUAUCCUUGCCUUGAAUGAGGUGAAUGAAUUGCCAAAACUACUGAUUGAUGGUGUCACAUUAUUUUUUCAAAAGUUAAACAAUAUUAACGACAAUCUCGAGAAGUUCAACACCAAAACAUAUGAUGUAUCUGUUAUUAGUUUAAUUCGCUAUACAAUACAAUGUGUCAUAAAAUUUACAGAGGAGGCUCAAGGUGCCUUAAAUAUCGAUUCACCCAAAAUUCUCAUGCUACUGUCAGAACCACUUAGGUUUCUUAGAGAAUUAAAAACUAAUAAAAAAUUGUCAAUAAGCAUAGAUGACAGUUUAACUAACACGGUUGAUUUUACUUUAACAGCAGAUGACAUAGAAUGGUUUGCAUCCACGGCAUAUAAUAUAUCAGGGACUUUAUGCCAAGAUGACGAAAAGUUAAAAGAAUCAUUUGAAUUUGCAAAAACAGCAAAUGGAUUUUUAGAAUUAAUACCUUAUUCAGAUUUUACGUUUCUCAAAAUGUAUCAUUUUAGUUAUUGGGGGUAUAGAUGUCGUUUUCAAAAGGCAAGUAUACGAUGCCGAUUGAUAGAAAAAGGGGAUGGUCAAGAUAUUAAUAUAUUUGGCGAUCCAAAAAACAUGGCACAUAAUCAUGAACUCGAUAAUUUAAUCCAUGAUAUUAUUUCAUUUUUCAAGACUGCUACAGCUAACCGUAGUUUAAAUGCUGAGCAAACGAGUGAUUUGCAAGUAUUACUAGCCGAGUGUUUUAAAACAUAUGUCAAUAUUUUGAUAAUCCAACGCAAAAUGGAUUUAGUGGAAAACUUAUUAUCAAUAGGACAUACCGAAAAUUUAUUUAAUUUAGAUAAUCAUUUUGCAGAAGCACUCAUACAGAAGGAUGAUGUUCCUCUUGAUAUAAGAAGGCCCAUUAUAAUAAAAUUAAUUAAAAGAAAUUUGGAAAAUGCCGAGGGAAUGAUUGAUAAGCUUUGUUAUUGGAUAAGGUGUACCUUCACUGACUGUAAUCUAAAGUUUUCGUCUGAUGUGUAUUCAAUUUUUGAAUGUCUACUUACAAAAUUAAAGGUAAAUAAUGACCUGGCAUUCGAAAAUUCUCAAGAAGUUAAAAUUGAUAUUGAAAACAUUUCGAGUAUAUGUUGGAACGUUGGUAUAAACUCUCUAAUAUCAGACUCAAGAGAAGAUUUUAUUAAGUGGGCAAAACUGGCAUAUGGUUUUACUAAGUUUACCAGAAUUGGUCUAGAUAUACAAAUGAGAAGAUUGUGGAACUCUCUGCUGUCCACAGGUCAAAUAGAAAAUAGUGACGAAUUAUCUAAGUUAUUUGAUGAAUCAGUAUGA